GAGAGUUUGUUCACUUGUCAGCAAAUAGUACAGACAAAAAUUAGAAAGACCCUCUUCUUCUUCUUUCUUGUUCACUUUCUUUUUUUCUUCUUUUUCUUUAAUUUUCUUGCAUAGCAAUUAUGGUGGUGAUGGGAAGUGGUGGCAUGGUUGGUGGGGAAGAAUGAAUGCUCAAUGCUGUGAAAGAGAGAGAGGCCCAACUUGGUUCUGAGAGAGAACAAAUAAAGACACAUUGGUCUUUGUUUUUUUUGGGUCUGAACUCUCUCUCUCUCUUUGUUAAUUCAACAUUAUCAUUGUGUUUAGAUACUACAUAGAACAUACAGAUUAGAGAGAGAGAGAGAGAGAGAGAGAGAGAGAGAGGGCAUGCACGUGGUUCAGCUUCUGUUAAGUGGAGGCGAACUGCUGAAUUUUCAGACUAUUAUAAGCAGUUACAUUAAUUUUGGCUCCCACUCUCUCACCUGCUUCCUUUCCAGCCAAGCGAAGGCAGAGGUCACUAUUUUCCUCCAUUUUUAUUUUCCUUUUACAAUUAAGCCCAUAACUGCCUGCCUUCCAUUACUUCUCUGUUCUCUCUUCCUUCCCUAAAAGCCAAGCUCAGAUUUUGAUGCUUUGCUUCAACCCAGAAGACAAAACAGUUCAUAAAUCUUGGAUCUUUUAUUGUUCCUGAAUCCUGAACCUUGACUGAGACAAACCCAGAAGUGAAAAACCAGCAGAGAUUCUAAAACUAGUAUUUUCUUUGUUUUUGUACAAAUGUGGUCCAAUCCUCAGAGAUUUCUGCAAUUCCAGUGAGACCCAGAAGGUGAAAAAUGUUGCUAUUUGGUCAUGAUCGUGAUGGGGCAUUUCUCAUACUCGAAAAUAAGUGCAACACUCAAAGCAAAGUAGCAGCAGAACUCGGAUCUUAUCUCCAUCAGAUCCAAUUACCAUAAUGCCAAACGGGUAGACCCCUUUUACCUCACAUUAACUGUGUUUAGCAUGAGAAAGCUUCAUACUUUUCGUCUUUCUCAUGCUCUUUUAUGCUUUGUUCCUUUCUUUUUGGCAAUCAUUGUGGUUUCCUCAGUAACUGAGAAAGAGAUUCUGCUUCAAUUUAAAGGAAACAUAACAAAUGAUCCGCACAAUAAGUUAGCUUCAUGGGUUCUUAGUGGGAAUCCUUGUGAAGAUUAUCAUGGUGUGUUCUGUAACUCUGCUGGGUUUGUAGAUAAGAUAGUUCUGUGGAACAGUAGCUUAGGUGGAGUAUUGUCUCCGGCUUUGUCCGGGUUGAAAUAUCUGAGGGUUUUGACAUUGUUUGGGAACAGCUUUAUGGGAAAUAUACCAAAUGAGUAUGCUGAUAUUCAAACAUUGUGGAAGAUCAAUUUUAGCUCAAAUGCGCUAUCUGGCUCGAUUCCAGAGUUUAUAGGUGACUUGCCUAGCAUUAGGCUUCUGGAUUUGUCAAGGAAUGGUUUUACCGGGGAGAUUCCAUCAGCUCUGUUUAAGCACUGUUACAAAACCAAGUUCGUUUCUUUGUCUCAUAACAUUCUUUUGGGUUCAAUUCCGGAGUCAUUGGCUAAUUGCCUUAAUCUUGAAGGGUUUGAUUUCUCCUUCAACAAUCUCAGUGGUGGCAUUCCUUUGCGAAUUUGCGAUAUUCCUAGGUUAGAUUAUUUGUCACUGAGAAGCAAUGCCUUAUCGGGUGAUGUUGUGCAGCAGCUUUCAACGUGCCAGAGCUUGAAACUUUUGGAUCUUGGUAGCAAUUUGUUUAAAGGUUCAGCACCAUUUGGGGUUCUUGGAUCAAGCAAUCUUACUUAUUUCAAUGUAUCACAUAAUGUAUUCAAUGGGAAGAUUCCUGAGAUUGCAACUUGUAGUGAGAGAAUGGAGUAUUUUGAUGCUUCUUGGAAUGAGUUAGAGGGAGAGCUUCCUCUGAGCAUUACAAAUUGCAGAAGUCUCAAGGUUCUGGAGUUGGGGUACAAUAGGCUGAGUGGGAGCAUACCAGAGGUUCUUGGGAAUCUGGAUAGGCUUUUGGUGAUUCAGUUGUGCAAUAAUUCAAUAAGUGGAACGAUUCCAAAGAAUCUUGCAAGCAUUCAGCUACUUCAGGUCUUGGAUUUGCACAAUCUCAGCCUUGUUGGUGACAUACCCGAUGAUAUAAGCAAUUGCAUGUUUCUUCGUGAGCUGGAUGUUUCUGGUAAUGCUUUGGAGGGAGAAAUACCUCAAAAUCUUUACAACAUGACUUACCUUGAAAUCCUUGACCUACAUAAAAACCAGCUCAACGGAAGCAUCCCACCAGACCUAGGAAACCUGUCCAAAUUACAAUAUCUGGAUCUGUCACAAAAUUCACUCUCUGGGCUAAUUCCUUCUUCCCUUGGAAACCUAACAAAGUUGACCUAUUUUAAUCUCUCCUCCAAUAAACUCUCAGGCACCAUUCCUACAGCUAUUCAAGGUUAUGGCUCUUAUGCAUUUAUUGACAACCCCUUCCUCUGUGGUGCCCCUUUGGAUAAGCCUUGCUCAGCAAAUGGCAAUGGUACUCUAACUCCCACUUCGAAAAAACCCAAGGCUCUUCGUGUGCCUGCCAUAAUUGCAAUUGUUGCCGCUGCAGUGAUUCUUAGUGGAGUAUGUCUGGUAUCAAUUAUGAACAUCAGAGCCCGCAGAAAAAAGAAAGCUGAUGUGACAAUGGUCGUUGAGAGCACGCCACUUGGUUCAACUGAUUCAAAUGUUAUAAUCGGGAAGCUGGUUCUCUUCAGCAAAAGUUUGCCCUCAAGGUACGAAGACUGGGAGUCUGGCACAAGAGCUUUGCUUGGCAAAGAAUGUAUUAUAGGUGUUGGAUCAAUUGGUGUAGUGUACAAAACUACUUUUGAAGGUGGCAUCUCAAUUGCAGUUAAAAAGCUUGAAACUCUGGGAAGGAUCAGAAACCAAGAUGAAUUCGAGCAAGAAAUUGGACGACUGGGCAACAUUCAGCAUCCCAAUUUAGUAGCAUUUCAAGGUUACUACUGGUCCUCAACAAUGAAGUUGAUGCUAUCUGAAUUUGUCCCAAAUGGGAAUUUGUAUGACAAUCUACACGGUCUUCAUUAUCCAGGCCCAAGCACUAGCAGAGGCAAUAGUGAACUGUAUUGGUCUAGGAGAUUUAAGAUUGCUAUGGGAACGGCGAAAGCUCUUGCCUACCUUCACCAUGACUGUAGACCUCCUAUUCUCCAUCUCAACAUUAAAUCCACUAACAUACUCUUGGAUGAGAAAUAUGAGGCAAAGUUGUCUGAUUAUGGGUUGAAUAAACUGCUUCCCAUUUUGGAUAAUCAUGGUUUAACCAAAUUCCACAAUGCUGUAGGGUAUGUUGCACCAGAGUUGGCUCAAAGUCUGAGACUGAGUGAGAAAUGUGAUGUGUAUAGCUUUGGAGUAAUUCUUUUGGAACUGGUCACAGGGAGGAAACCAGUAGAGAGACCAACCGCAAAUGAGGUGGUGGUUUUGUGUGAAUAUGUUAGGCAGUUACUGGAGAGUGGCUUUGCUUCAGAUUGCUUGGACAGAAGCUUAAGGGAUUUGGUAGAGAAUGAACUGAUUCAGGUUAUGAAAUUGGGGUUGAUUUGUACAUCUGAGCUCCCCUCAAAAAGACCAAGCAUGGCUGAGGUUAUUCAGGUUCUUGAAUCCAUCAGAAAUGGAUUGGAGUCAUAGUUAUCAAAAUGAAGUUCAUGAAUUAUGUGUUUACCUCAGCAUCAGAUCAAUGAUGCAUCUUUCGCCAGAGCAGAGGUCACAAGAUAGUAGUUUACCUGAGAUGAAGCUUGGAUUAGGUGGGGAGGCUAGAAGGUUUUACAUAUAGGAAAAAAAGAUAAAAUUCAUUGUAUUCAUUUGGGGUUUUACCAAAAUCAAUUGUUUUUUGCAUUUUUCAAUCUUGCAAAUAAAAAACAUUCAUUUACUGUAUGUCAUCAAUAAGACAACUGCUUAUGAGAAGUGUAGUUAUACUUUGUUCUGGCU